GGAGCACCAAGCCUCUUCAUUGCGCUUGCAAAUUUACCCCACACGUCUCAUAUAUAUAUAUUUAUUGAACCGGCCCCCGUGUCUGCUCGAUAGCGGUUCAUUCCGCUUCCACUCUCGACACCGUGAGUUAGAACCCUACACAAGAACUCCUCGACGGCAAUUUUCAAUGCUACUGCAGAAACACCAACUUUUCGGAUACCUAUGGAUAUUGCGAGUGUUAUUUUGAAUCCAACUUCAUUACAAAGUCGUAAUCGUUUGCUACCUCGGCCCAUCCGUAUUUAGAGAAAGAAAUUAAGCUAUCAAAAGCAGAAGAAGAAGCGAAACAAAUUAGAUAUUAAAAUGUACGACUAUGACGACGACGACUACGACGACGACGACGGCUACACCUACGAGGAUGCCGUGCCCGACAGGAAAGGCGAGGCGCGUACGAUGGCGAUGAAAGAGGUGCUCGAGAUGCAGGCCGCCGUGGUGGACGAGGUGGCGCGCAUCACCUGCCUUUCUGCCAGUGCAGCUACGCUGCUUUUAGACGAUUGUUUCUGGUCAAGAGAUGUUGCACUGGAGCGUUACGUGGAGAACCCCGAAGCGGUGCUGCGGAAGCUGCGCCUCACCCCGGAAAGUGCGUCGCACGAGAACACGCUGCGCAGCGGCCCGCCAGGGACGCGGAUUGUGUGUGAGAUCUGUGCGCUGGACUACGCAUCGGACGAGGUGUCCUGCCUCUCGUCGUGCGGGCACUACUUCUGCAAGGAGUGCUGGCAGGACCACAUCAAAGCGCACGUGCACAGCAACCUCCUCGCCACCCACUGUCCUGCGCUGCACUGUGAGGAAGUGGUAGGCAUCCGCUGCAUGAUGCAGCUGCUCGACGACGGCAGCGACAAGGCAACAUCUGUCAUGACCGAAGUCUACCGCGAGUACCUCUCGCGAUUUGUGCAUGCCAGUCCCUCGCUGUACUGGUGUCCCAACCCGGUGGGGUGCACUGGAAUUAUUCACGUCGAGGUGCCCCCAUUGCAGGGCCAGGGCGUCACCUGCGAUGUGUGCCACAGAGCAUUUUGUCUACGCUGCGCCAGCGAGCCGCACCGACCGGCGACGUGCGACAACAUGCGCAGAUGGCGCCAGUACUGCACCGCGGAAGGGUUGAGCAUGGCUCUCAUUCUGGUCAAGAUGAAGCGCUGCUCGAAGUGUCAUAAGGAUAUUGAAAAGAACGGCGGCUGCAACCACAUGACGUGCAAGUGCGGACAUCAAUUCUGCUGGGUCUGCGGACACGACUGGAGCUCGCACACCGGUGACUACUACUCCUGCAAGAACGCGAGCGCGGCGUCGUCCACGGAUGACAGUGACGGCGUCCGCCAGAGUAAGCGCUUUCUGUAUCACUUCGAACGUUACACCCUGCACCUUGACAGCGCGAAGCGAGAUGCGACGUUCAUCGACACCUACGCCGUCGACAACACGGCGACGAUUACGCAGCAGCCGUCACACAACGUCGGCGCCGUUCUCCCUCGGCCGGAUUGCGGCAUCAACGCGCUGGAGGUGAUGACACUCAUCAAGAACACCUUAAUGACGGCCCGAUCAGUCAUUGCGCACGCGUAUGUGCAGAUGUACUAUUUGGACGACAAGUCAAGAGAGGCAAGCAUGAUGGCGCAUCGCGUCGGCAAGCUGGAGGAGACGACGGAGCAGCUGUCUGGCAACAUGAUCGACUAUCUGCGUCUCUCCAAAUCCAACCCGGGGCCGCUGCUGGAUACCGUUCACAUGGUGGACAACUGGCAGAAGGUCAUCUGCGAGGCGUAA